AUGACUGAAAUCAUAGGACGUUUGUUUGAAUUCACGCCUUAUGGGGUACGUUUCUUUGUGGCCUGGAAUGUAAAUGGGGCUGCUUUGUACAACGAAAAAUCACACAAUAAACCUGAUGUGGAGGUGGUGGGAGCCGAAAAGGAGGAAUUGGCUGGACCUUGUGGUAAAGAGGAUAGCCCAGAAUCAGAAGGCUCGGAAAUACAGGACGUUUUCAGUUACAUACAUGGUGCUCGAUAUAAAGAAGGACGCAAUGUCACACACGGGCUUAGAGCCCAACAGGAAGAAAUGAACACUAAUAUUUAUCCGAAGCGUGAAGUGAACGAAAGGAAGCAGCAAUUCUAA